AUGGGUGUUCAGGACGUCCUCUCGCGCAAGACUGGUGUUAUCGUUGGUGACGAUGUGCUGGCCCUCUUCAAGCACGCUCAGGAGAACAAAUACGCCGUACCCGCUAUCAAUGUGACCUCUUCGUCCACUGUCGUUGCAGCCCUGGAAGCGGCCCGAGACAAGAAAUCCCCAAUCAUCCUCCAGACCUCCCAAGGUGGUGCAGCAUACUUCGCUGGCAAGGGUGUCAAGAAUGGCAACCAAGAGGCUUCGAUCGCUGGCGCCGUCGCUGCAGCGCACUACAUCCGCUCAGUCGCUCCCAUCUAUGGUAUCCCAGUCGUCCUCCACACCGACCACUGUGCAAAGAAGCUGCUACCCUGGCUUGAUGGCAUGAUGGAUGCGGAUGAGGCUUAUUUCAAGGAGCACGGCGAGCCUCUAUUCUCGUCCCAUAUGAUCGAUCUGUCAGAGGAGGAGGUUGACUGGAACAUUGAGACCACAGCAAAGUAUCUGAAGCGGGCAGCUCCUAUGAAGCAAUGGCUUGAGAUGGAAAUUGGCAUCACAGGUGGCGAGGAAGACGGUGUCAACAACGAGGACGUGGACAACAACUCGCUGUACACGCAGCCCGAAGACAUCCACCAGAUCUGGACUACCUUGUCGAAGAUCAGCCCCUACUUCUCCAUCGCCGCUGGCUUCGGUAACGUGCACGGUGUGUACAAGCCUGGCAAUGUCAAGCUCCACCCCGAGCUCCUUGACAAGCACCAGAAGUAUGUGCAAGAGAAGGAGAGCACCAAGACGAACAAGCCUGUCUUCCUUGUCUUCCAUGGUGGCUCUGGCAGCUCAAAGCAGGAGUACCUCGAUGCGAUCUCAUACGGUGUCGUCAAGGUCAAUCUCGACACCGAUCUCCAGUACGCCUAUCUUACCGGUAUCCGCGACUACAUGGCAAACAAGAAGGACUACGUUGCAAAGGCAGUCGGCAAUCCUGAUGGCGAGGACAAGCCCAACAAGAAGUACUUCGAUCCCCGUGUCUGGGUCCGUGAGGGUGAGAAGACGAUGUCCGCGCGUGUGUCUGAGGCGCUGGACGAUUUCAACACGGCUGGCCAGGUAUAA